GAAUUAUAGAUUGCAUUUUCAGUAUUUAUAGUCAGUUCAAAAAAGUUUUUCUUUUUUUCUUUUAAAUUGAUAGACACACACACAUGAAUAAUCCGCCGUUGUCUGAAAAAGAUGACCAAGUGUAAAGACUGUUUAUAAAUGAAAAAUUAGGGGGUUCAAUUCAUAUUGAUCAGUACAAAAAAAAUUAUUAACACUCACAACUUGACAGAUUUUCUGAUCCGGCGAUAAUUGUUGAACCCAAAAGAGAACAAGAGUCACUGCAAAUAAAAAAAAUGUUUACCAUAGGAGACAACAGCGACUCGAGUACAGAGGAAGACACUUCAACAACGACUGAGGCAAUAGGUCCAACCAAGAUAAAAGUGCAAUUCCCAAUUGAAUUGGAACAACGUUUCUGUCCUGCCUUUCCUAAACCUCCUGUUGACUGUGACGAAGACGACGAAGAAGAAGCACCAAAAGAACCAUCUCGGAAGGAGAGAAUACUCGAAUAUCUUUCUGCCAAAUUUCCUGGCCGAAUUGUCAGAAGAGUGUUGAAAUGCACCAUUGCUUACUUUCUAUCUUCACUCUUCAGCUUGGUUUAUCCUGUCACACACUUUCUCGGUCCAGCGCCCUUCUUUGCCGUGACCGCGAUGCUCUUUAGUCAUCCUGGGCGUACCAUGGGCGCACAGUUUGACGCAACCAUCACAGCUGUCCUCGGCGUUGUCGUGGCUGUGCUCUAUGCGUUGGCAGGCAUGGCUGCAUCCGUUGCCUAUAAUGUGGCGCAUAAAGACACCUACCAGUCUCAACCUAUAGGCCGAGUGAUUAAUGUUGUCUUUCUGUUUGUGGGUAUCUUUGGUGCACAGAUGCUGCGUCAGGCCUAUCCCAAAUUCCACUUUUUCUCACUCCAGUUCAUGAUCAUCCAAAUCUUUGCCAUGUCUAGAAGUAUUGAUUACCUUUACGUACCCUUUGAUUUGCCCUUGAAUUAUGGUAUACCUCUCUUGAUGGGUCAUGCUAUUGCGCUCUUUGUCAACCUUGUCUUUUGGCCAGAGACGGCUGUGGAUGGAUUAGGCAGAGCAUUAAAAGAAACCCUCACGAGUAGCAAGGACAUGCUACACAUGAUUACCAAGCAAUUCUUUCUCGAUCCUACAUCCGAACUUGUACCUGAAGAAGUAGUCGAUGGCAUCUCAGCCAAGAUGCGAAAGGGCAUGACCAAGGUCAAGACAGCCUACCGUGAAGCAAAAUACGAAAUCUCAUACUCAUUUAUACGGCCACAGCAGCUCCGUCAAGUGCGAAAAUCUCUCGACCGACUGACACGACACUUGAGCAUUCUUGGCAGUUGCCUAAAGACAGAACGAGAACUCUUCGAAAGCGCUGUCGAGGCUCUUCAGGCAGAGAUGAAGGAAUGCGAAAGCGAGGAAGGCGAGCACCACGAAGACGGAUCGUUCUCGAACCGACGGUCUUAUAGUGAAGAAGAUCUGAACCUGUUACGCACCUCGUUGCGUGCAACUGACGACUUUCUGAGUGGAAGGUGCAUCUCAGGUACCGCCACACCACGAGGCACGUCCCGUCCGACCUCGCGUGUGAGCUCACGUGCGAACUCAAGACCAUCAUCGACUCAUGUCUCGGAAGACGAAGAUUAUGGAGAACACAAUCAACGAUCGGUCACGUCCAUCAAGUCGUUCUUAAACCUGACCAAACUUUCGAUUCCGAAGCCAAAGCCACCACAAAAGACGAGAAAACAGACAGAGUUCGAGCAACGUCAUUUACUGUUGACCUACCUCGAUAGUCUGAGAGAUCCCCUGAUGGAGCUUUCGAUCGACUGUGCCAGUGCUCUCGAAUGUGUCAGUGACAGCAUCACGAACGAAUUCGAUAUGGAUGCAGAGGAUGAUGUCUCGAUUCGACAGACCUGGAAAUCCUUCUUGUUUCACACCCUCAACAUCACCAAGGACUCUGUCAGAAACGAAGAGCAAAAGACGAUCGAAAGACAUCGAGGGAACACAAAAUGCGACUGUUCUCAGAGUAUUCGUCUGGCCAUCAUUCAGUUUGACAAAUCAGAAAGAAAUCGCAUGCACGCGCUCUAUGAUCGAAUUCACUCUAAAUCAUUGGAUCUUGGUAUGCGACAAGAGCUUUUUCUUGUCUUUUUUUUCAUCUUUACUAUGCGUGAAGCCGCAAAUGAGCUACAAGAACUGACGCUUCAGAUGGAUGAGCUAAGGCUGCAGUCAAGAAAGACAAGCUUUAGAGGUAAAAAGAAAAAGCACCUGUACAUGCCUGUGCCAAGUAUCAAGAUGUGGCGCAAGUGGGCUAGUGGAAACAACCAUCAGAGUACUAGAGAUAAGGGAGGAUACACAUUAGCUACCUUAACCAAUCUGAUACCCAAGGAAGAGCCCAAAAAGAUGGUUCAGGAAGACGACUACAUGCUAACCAAACUGCAGACCGAUACUAGUCUGAAACCGACAAGAAGUAGAAGAAGCAGUGCAGGAGUGAACAAUGAUGAUGCUUCACCCAUCAUGAUCCGUCGUCGUCGUCAAUCUAGUUUUCGGCGCGCUUCUGAUACGAGUAAUGAUGCACCAAGAGAUAUACGCAUCUUUGUCCCUGACGGUGUACAGCACACUGACCAGUCUCAGAAAACAAAGAAUGAGGAAGAGGAGAAGGAAAAGUUGCCGAUCAUAUUACGUAUUCGUUAUGGUAUCUGGAAACAGCUUCAGUUCUUUACUAAAUACGAGUUCAAAUUUGCUCUCAAGAUGGCUGUGGCUGUCAUUGUAUUGAGUGUUCCUGCCUUUGUGCCGUCUUCUGUAGAUUGGUACUAUAAUAUCAGAGGACAAUGGGCACCUAUGACUGUCAUUGCCAUCAUGAACCCUACAAGUGGUGGAACUUUGGAGGCUAGUUUCUGGCGUAUUGUCGGUACAGUCGUUGGCGCCAUGACAGGGUGGGCUGCAUUAGAGGCAGGAGGCGGCAGUCCGUAUCUACUUGGUAUAUUUGCUGUGCUUUUAGCUCUGCCUUCCUUUUACAUUCAUUUGGGAAGCACAUAUAAUAAAGUAGGUAUCGUCUGUUUGACUACCUAUGAAGUCGUUGCCCUGAGUCGGUUUGCAUCUCCACCUCUAAAUGAGACUAUUGCGGAGACAGUCUGGAAACGAACCUUGACACUUAUUGUAGGUGUAUGUGUUGCCUUGUUACUCAACUCGUUGGUUUGGCCAUUUGUAGCGCGACAUAUGGUUCGUAAAUCGAUUGGAGCAUGCCUGGCUCAACUUGAAGAUUAUUAUAUAUUUAUUAUGGGAUCUUAUCUAUACCACGACCCACGCUCGAUACCCAGUACCGAAGAUAUCGUCAAAGGAGAAAAGAUGGAAAGCAAGAUUCAAAAGGCGAUUGAUGCAUGCUCAGUUCUGCUAGAAUUAACAGACAAUGAACCUCGUAUACGUGGGCCAUUUCCAAAGGCAUUCUAUAAAGAGAUUAUUAUAUGCAUGCGUAACUUAUUAGAUCGAAUGUUGAGUACUCGAAUUGCCCUCAUCAAGAUGCCAUUGGUGGUGAAACAUGACGUAUGCGCAAAAGAGUAUCAUACAGAACGUCAUGACAUGAUUGCUGCCAUGCUCUUGACCUUCCAUACCUUGGCCAUAUCUUUGAAAUCAAAGUCACCUUUACCUGUCUAUAUGCCAUCACCACGAUCAGCACGUGCCAAACUAAUGGAGCAUCGAAGAACGAGUAAGAAGCAAUGGGUUAAAUUUAGAAAUUUGACUUGGUUUGCUAUGGCUUCAUCUACACAAGAAAUGAUUGAUGAGUUAGAACAUCUUACACGCUUAAUACGAUUUAUCCUGGGUGAAAGUCCUUAUGCGGAUAGGGCCAAACAAAUAGACGAAUUCAUUCAUUAUCCAGAGGAAGCCUUUAAAGAACAUUGGCAUCCAUAAUGCGCGCUUUUUUUUGGUGCAUAAACGGGACUUGAACUAUACCCAAUUUUCAUUGUUUGUAUGUGUGUGCAGAAAGAGAAUAAAGGGAGGUGUUGCUGAAUUAGAAAUAGGCUGCCCACCCACUUUUUUUUUAUGCCUUAUUGACAGGCAUUUUACAAACUCAUCUUUUUUUUAU